CUGAGUAAAGGAAGAUAAAAAUCCAGGUUCCCAGGCGCAGACAAACGACACCUCGUGGAGCAUCCCGCCUGGUCAUUCCUCCUCAGAUCACUUGGGCAGAGCCAAAGACAACUUUGUCAGCUGUCGCAUUGAUUUGAAAGCAGUUUGGUCGCCAGAGUUUGGUCCAUCAUGUCCUUUGUAUUCAGCCUCACUGUGAUGUUGAUCCUGGGUUCCACAGCAGUGAUCGGGUUUGUAGUGAACCCGGCGAAGGGAGAACCAACACCCUCUGACAGCACUGUCACCCGUGGCAGGUGCCAUGUUUCGUCAUUGCAGUCCAUCAGAAAGCAUUUGCUUGACGCUCUCAACCUCCAGACCGAGCCUCGGCUGCCUGCUGGAGGUGCGGACCGUGUCAGGGAACUGUGGCUGCGCGUCGCUGGUUCCGCCCCACAAUUGACCGGAAACUCUGCUGCCGCUGCUGGACACUUGGAUGUCGGAAAUGGCACCAGCCCAAACUGCUGCUCCGUGUCCUCUGAGGUCCUCAUGACAGAUCUUGGCUGGGACACCUGGGUCAUCCUUCCCAAAAGCGUCACCAUCAUUGAAUGUGCCGUCUGCAACGCUGUCAACACUCUCACCUGCCCACUGUCCCUGGACUCGGACUUCAAGAUGCCUUGCUGCCAGCCCACCUCCAAGGAAACGGUGCCCUUCUUGUACCUGGACGGCUCCGCCACCGUCGUGCUUUCCUCUGUGGAGCUCCCCCGCAGCUGCAGCUGCCGACCUGGCAACGCGCAGCCACCUGCCAAUGAGUAAAAGUUAGUCUGAUGCUUCUGCGUAUGCGACAUCUGCGGCGCACCUGGCCUCCACACACGCACACACACACACACACAGAGUGAAAUAGAGAACAAGUCGAUUAAGGAUAUGUAGGUCGCCACUUGCUGCUUCUUCCAGACACUUUCUCUCAAAUAUUAUGGUAGUUGCUCAACACGGAUCGUGGGAAUGGCAGUAGAAACAUUCAUGAGCAGGUUUAGCUUUAGUUUGUCGUCACAACCAAAACAUUUUUUUUCAAAGUUCUGUUGAUGCACAUGUGAUAAAUACUGCCCUCAUAUUUUCAAAUAAACAGCAGCCAAGAGAGUUAUUUUAAGUUAUGGAGUUGUGAUGGAGGACUCGGUGUUCCUUUCAAAAAUGUGUUGACCGUUCAGAGCCAAGUCUUCUCCCAGGCCAACUUCCCCUCAAUGAGAAACGCUCUCCUGGAAAAAUACUGACAUAGAAAUUGAACAUUUGUGUAAAGCUAAUGAAUUUUAAGUCACUGACUUGUAACUUUGAUUUUGGUUUAUACUUUAAUUGAACCUAUAUUUCCUUUAAAAGACUGAACCGCAUGAAUGUACUAAAAAAAAAAGCUUCUUUGUUGUAUUUUGGAUGCCACGUUCUCAUUUUAAUCCUGUUUUAUUGUGAUUUUGUGUUCUCUUGCAUGUUUGUAUCCUGCCUUUAAAGUUACCUCACGUUUCUCCCACUUCAUACAUGUACAUUUUAAUAUGUUUGAUGAGUGCAUGUUUAUCUUUUCCUCACAAUAAAGAUUUGAC